AUGCAGAAUAUUAUUAUAAGUGGAAAAGUUAAACAACUGAAAGAGUUAUUAUACUCGCAGACGUGUGAUAAUGCAAAGAAUGCGUUAGAUAAUCAUACCCGCUUGCAAUUAUCUCAAGCAUAUGCAGAGCUGAAACACCGUAAUAUUUUAUUAUCAGACGAAAUCGUGAACUUCAUCGAAUACGAAUUCGUUAAAGGCAGUUAUCUCAAUGGAAUAUUGAAUCAUUAUCAGGACAAUGGAAGUGAUUCAUCAACCAAGCGAGCCGGCUUAGAGGACCGUGUAGCCCAUUUGGUAGAAUGUGUUGAACAUGUCCUACAUAAUUAUAGACCUGGAUCGUUUAUGGACAUUGACGAGAUGCUAAUACUUCGAUUGCGUCAAAUCUACAGCCAUGUUUUCUUCCUAAAAACGCAUUUAAGAAAGUUGCCUUUAUUGCAAUUACAAUUUUGCAUUGCAGUUUUUUUAAAACUAGUCACAGAACAUUCAACGAACGGGUUCGACAUUUACACAUUUGCCAUCGAUAAAGAUCGCUUAGUUCGCUUUUUAAAGGUAAUUAAAGAUGAGCUUAUAUUUGAAACUAAGCCAGUAAUUUCAUUAGAAUGUUACAUACACUGCAUUAAGCAUCGAGUAGAUUCUACUGGUGAUAAGCAAAAUAGUCGUAUUCCCAAAAGUGUUCGUGCGUACAUUGGAUCGGAUUUACAUAAAAUGAGUAGCAACGUGCUGGAUUGUUUGAAAUCGAACGAACCGUUUGUCACAAUGCCAAAAGCAGUGCAGCAAACCUUGAAGACACAUUACGAUAAAACUAUCGAUUGGCAUGUUCGAAGGCGCUCGAAAAGGAUAUUCAAGGAACUGAACGAAACAUACUUCAUCAUGAAGCAGCACUACUCCAUCGGGAAAGUGCUGACGUACAUCGAUGGUGUCACCGAGGGUCCUUGCAGUGAUCCUCCUCACAAGCAUCCUCCCAUUCCAUCUCCAACAAGAAUCCGUGCCAUAAAACGCACUCUACAAGUCAUCGGAGAAAUGAUCAAAAGCACCCGUGAAUCACCGAACAUAACUGCGAAAUUAAACCGCAUACUACAGCUGAUCACAUCAGAAGCGCUAACGGAGCGAACAAAGGAUUUGAGGCAAUUUUUCAGCCACGGUUAUUCUCUGGCAAAGUGGGAAUUGGAAGAAGAAAAUCGCGAACAACUCAUUACAGUUUUCCAAAAAAUUGAAACGAACCUUCGGGAAGCGCGCCGUUGGUUCGUUUACGCACAGACGCAACAAAAUAUGCUAUUGUACAGGCGCUACCUGGCUUAUUUGAAAGGAUUCAAAUCGAUCGAAGCACUUCGAAGCUACAUUACUUUCAUUGGGACAGAAUUUAAAGCUUCUUUGAUUGCAACGUUCGUACCCGAACAACUGACGGAGGCUAAGCUGUUGAUUCAGUACAUGAUAAGUACUUCGAAAUCAGAUGUUGCUUUAGAUUCAAACGCUCGAGAUGACCUGGAGUAUAUCAUCAAGGAGUUAAAGCUCCGCAUAGAUACCAUUACUGCUGAGAAUAAGUCUCUGGGACGAACGGUGGAUGAGUUUUUUUUUCUUGAAACUUACAUCCGGCAACCAUCAGCCACGCUAGCAAGGGUUCAGGAAAUCGUCGAUUGGAUCCUUUUCCGAACGAACCUCUCCAGUCGCCAUAAACUUGUGAAGAAAACAGAUUUAGUGUACGCCCGGGAGUUGCUAACACGCCUGCAAAUAGCUGAAACAGACGAAGAACGUCGUUAUUUAUGGGGAAGUAUUUGGGAGCGGUUAGCAAAGGAGCAAUUCGUAGGACUCGAUACCUUGAUAUGUCGAACAGAGCAACGCACUGAUGUGGCACUGGAAGCAACGAUUAAUAUUAUGCAAGCACUCCAUCUACCCCUGGAUGAUGAUGAGUAUGUACAGUUUGUAAAUCGUCGGUUAGCAAAAAGCUAUUAUCCGAAUGUUUACGUACUAGAUAACAAAUACCGCGUAUUAAAGGAGAUCGUGAAAGAUCGUCGUGCACAUGCAAAUGUACGAGAUGUACUGGAAAAAUUAAAAACUCUGCGGAAAGCGGAUGAAAUCGAGCUGCAAAGAAUGUUUGAUAGUCUGGUAGAUAACAUGGAAGAAAUAUUGAAUCGAUCCGAUCAGCACACUGGCAAACUAGACUCUCUCACGGAUCAACUAGCGCUGGAGUACGACCUACUUGAAGCAACAGAAAUCCUUUGCAACUUGGCUCUUUUCCGCGAUAACAUGGCAGAUCUAGAGACAAUUCACCCGAUUGUGUCUGGACGAAAUUUGAGGAAUUAUCUCGCUCAUGAUUUCCUAGCCUACGAAACACUCACUACCUUUUCUAGAGCUGUAGUCUUAAAUGCACGUUUUCUAGUCGAGAAUCGUUUAAAGUUGUAUAACACUUCGGUGGGAAAAGUAGGUCCGCUUAAGGAUCACUCAAAUAACUUUGGAGAACGGAAUAAUUUCCGGAACGUAAUGGAAUGCCAGACCAGAUGGACUAUGGAACAAGUCGAAUUCUUUGAUCACAUCAAACAUUUUCGUACGCCCAUUUUGGAGAACCAAUUAUCAGCAAUUAUGGAACAAAACGUAGAUGUAAGUGUUAGUUUAUCAAGGCGGACCUUUCUUGAUCAAGACGUAUUAUCGAUUGCUUUGAAUGGAAAUCCUGCUGCAUUCAUAGCACAGUUAGUCCAUUAUGAAGAAAAUAAUUCAAACUUAUUUUAUCUUCUCACAAAAUACUCUCAAAGCAAAAAGCUUAUUGAAGAAAUUAGAACAUUAAUUGAAACGCCACAUGCCUUUUGCUUUCGGCUUGCGAUACGAUAUGGGUUGCAGGAUGUGCUAUGUUCGAUGUUCCUGGGAUGCACUGACGAAAUAUUAAAAAAGAUAAUCACCACCGAGAUUUCAUCAGUUUUCAACCGGCAUUCAACAGAAUUUGUUCGACAACUUGUGAAUCACUUUCCCCAGGAUUGGUUUCUUAAUUUGAAAGAUCAUCUCGGCAACACAAUCUUGCACUGGGCAGUGUUACACGGCGACUCAGAGCUGUUGGUGUUCAUACUGGAACGCUACAGGAUUCUGCUGAAAGUGAAAAAUAUAUUUGGCGACCUGCCACUAUUGAUCGCUGUACGGUACCAUGAGGAUGCGAUUGUGAAAAUACUUUUAGACAAUGGAGCCGAUCCCUGGAUUGAGGAGAAAGUAAUUCAUACAAUAACUAUGCGUGGAAGAAAGGUGCUUUUGGAAUGCUUGCGUGAAACGAGAGGGAGCACUACAGCGACACAAUUUCAAACAUUCAACAAUCAACCGUUACGAACAACCAUCGAAGAUAAUAAUAUCGAACUAUUCAUCUGGCUUCACACAACCUUCAAAUAUAACCUUAAGCAUGGAGAGCUACUUUAUUUGGCUGCUCGCCUCGACAGAAUCAACUUUAUCAAAUACAUUCUAACCGUCUCGAGGGACGAUCAAGGCGAAACAAUUGACAUAGACUCUGUGAGUAAAGAUGUUUACUUUACGCCGCUUAUGAUCGCUUGCGCUGCAGGAAAUUACGGAGCUGCGCAGCUUUUACUGCAACAUGGAGCGAAUGGCUUAUUUGUAAAUGAAAAUAAUUACAGCCCAUGGCAUUGUGCCGUUCACAGCGGAAAGAGGAAUAUCCUGUCACUUCUGCAGUCGAUCUCAGAGCUUAACGUAAAUUUGGUGACUAGAGAUAAACGUUCCGCAUUAACCAUUGCGAUUGAAAACAAUCAAACAACCACUCAAAUCGAAUUAUUGCUAUCAUUUGGUGUUUUAGUUGGAACUGAACAUGUAAUGAAUGCGUGCAAGCUUGGAAGAAUUGACGUUCUACAGUUAUUUUUUGAUCGACAUCCAGGUUUGAUUUCGGCAAGAGACUACUUAGAUCGCAGUACUCUCAUGGUUGCGAUCGCGUCCAAGGAAGAAGCAGUGACACAGUACUUACUAGAUCGAGGAGCCGAUCGCGCCGAUGUUAAUGUACUCGGAAUGAAUUGUCUACACAUUGCUGCGCUAAACAACUUGAUCAAUAUCUGUAACGUACUGCUAGAGGCGAAUGUGUGCCUUGAAACGAAGGAUAGCUUUGGGCGAACUCCGCUAGUGGUUGCUCUGGAAAAUGAGCAUAUUGCGAUUGUUGAGCAGCUGUUACGAUACGGUGCUGACGUUAAAUGUGCUUAUGAUUAUCGUUUCAAGCUCCAUGGUAACGCAUCUCUCUUGCAUAAGUUUACUAUCGAAAAGCGACCAAGAAUGGUUGAUUUUUUAGUGAAAAGACUCCAGUUUCCAAUAGAUAUUGUUGAUGAUGAUGGAAAAACCGCAUGUAUGUAUGAAUAA